AUGCCCUGGCAGCCUCUCCCUCGGAUCGCAUUUGCUGUUGCGACAUUCCCCUUUGCUGCUGAGAGUCCGGCCGACCUGCCGCUUGAAAUUGGCGAUGAGCUCUACAUUAUCGAGGAGACGCCAGACGGAAACUGGCUGCGGGGGUACUUGGUCGCGCCGCCGAGCUUGCUUGCCGGCCUAACUUCGGUCAAGGGACAAACUCUGGAAGCUCGAGUGUUCAGUGGCAUCUUUCCCCGUAGCUGUGUUGAAGUUCGAGAAAUGCUAGGGGAAUCCGACGAGCGGGACGACCAAGACCAGGACCAAGAAUCCCAUGCAGACGAAAACCCAGAUACAGGAAGCCCCCGACCUGCUAGUGACUCAGCCAAGAGCGGCAUCACCGGGGGCGAGCCCAGGAAAGCUACUUCUCCCAUCAAUGCUGUUGUUGGCCCGGACAAGGGACGAAAACCAUUGUCAGAACUAAGCAAUGGCACUUUGGAGAAUCUAUCCGCACCUGUGAAGCGAGACCCAACCGCGCCAAAACCCGCCGCACCGGUUCCCUUACUAAAAAUUGGGGACGAAACCCCGACAUCUGCAGAGGAGCCUUUAAUUGACGAGAUUGCAUCGUGUCUGAGAGAGUGGCAUUCCAAGAAUCUUCACGAGCUCCUCCUCUCUAGACAAUACCGGGACCUAGACAAGCUCUCCGAGCUUAUUACUAGCCUCAACCUCAACAGACAGCAAUUCUUGUACAAUGUUCUCACCUCUCAUGAAUACGACCGUCUACGAGAGAAGACAGUAUGGGAUUUGGUGCGAGUGAACAAGCUCUGUGGAGGCGAAGUCAUUGUUCGUGAUCCAGUCGAACGUGGGCGUAUUCUGACUGGAGAUGAUUCUGUUGUUGGGAUAACUCGACUUCAGUCUGUCAUGACUCUUCUCGAUGAGCCGCCGCAGCCAACUCUCGAACUGACUAGCCUCCACCAUCUGCUCCUUGACGUCAAGGGCUUCGCUGGAUCGUCAUCUGAAGCCACAACCUUGGUGGUUUACCUGGUCACGAAGCCACAGUUUGAAGCCCUAUCGACCCUAUCGGAGUCAUUCGCCGUUGAUGUCCCUGCGGGCGGCACAAUUGGCGGUAUCGCCCAAGAGUCAGCAUCGCGAACUCUCUUUAUUGAUCUUUCCGCUCACGAUAUAGGCGACUCAACGUCGGCCGAAUCUGAUUUGUAUUUAGUAGUAAAGGUUCUUGCUUCGCAGCAGGUGCUGCCAGACAAGCCAAUCUCAAGGUCUGGAACGGCCACAGAAGGAUCAUUUCCAAGAGAAAACUCCAAAACCCCUACUUCUAGCGUAUCCAAAUCCACUAGGCGAAGCUUGAUGUGGGGGAGCAAGCCUGGACGUUCUACUCUCUCUCGAGGCUCAGUCCUCCCCAAAAAGGAAUCUUUUGAGCAGCAAGGCCCGCGCCCCGUGACGACAUCGGAUGGUUAUGGGCCUCCUAGCACGGCUAGCUCAAAGAAUGGAACAGGCAAUCCAGAAGUAGCCCAAACAGUACAACGCACUGUUGGAGUUGGCAUCUUGAAAGUGAACUCGAUAAUGAAGCAAGGGGAAGAGGUUGAGCAGCUUGUUAAUAUCUGGUCACCGGUGAAUGGUCGGGCAUCAACGGAAAGGGAUAUGGAUGACGACUUUGAUCCACUCAUCCUGGAGCUCAUGGACAAUGCCGCAGGACGAUAUGAAAGGUCACGUAGAGGUGAAAGGCUACAAGUCUCCCUGCAAGCAUUCGACCACCCUGACGCAGACGCCCUGAUCAAAGCGACACCGACACUAUUAUCUGGCAUUUGCCAAACGAAUAGAAUGGGCUUCUCUGGAGCCCCAACGAAGCCAAGAUCUGAUAUUUAUCUCACAAUCAACACAGCUUCUUUGGCACGCCAGCAUCUGUUAUCUCGAUAUGGAGGAAGCGCAACCACUAUGCCCUCUGGAAUCCAAGGCAACAACUUCCAAGUUACCGUAGAGGUUCGUGCACCUUCUGGUCAGCGAUUCGAAAACUCCAUCUAUGCUGGCUCCAACAAGGACCCAGUGACGACGUUCAAGACUGCAGCUGCAGAACGAGGAGAAGCCUGGAACCAGACACUCAGACUUUCAUUGUCGCCGGCUGAUGUAUCCACGGCACACGUUGUCAUGUUCUUGUGUGACGUGCCCGGCCCUCCUUUCGCUGUCGCCCAUAUGCCCUUGUGGGAUAGACAGGCAUUCAUCCGGGAUGGCCGCCAUGGGCUGCUUCUCUAUAAGAUAGAUGAAAACACUUCAACAGCCCAAGCAGGCCCAACCGGCAAGGGUGGGUAUUUAUCCGUGCCUUGGGCUCCUCGAGGGAGGGACGAACACUCUGAAAAUGUAACGGGUCCGUUGGCCGUGUUGAACGUCAAUACAUUUCUCUGCAGCACACGAUUCUCCCAGGACAGAAUCAUCCUUGGCCUUGUCAAAUGGAAAGAUUUGCCAGGAGAAGAAGUUUCCGCAGUCUUGAGACAGUUGAUGUUUGUACCUGAAAUUGAGGUGGUCAAACUGCUCAGCGACGUGCUUGACGGACUGUUCGGAAUUCUGGUCCAACACUCCGGGAACAACGAGUUUGAAGACCUGGUUUUCACUGCAUUGGUCAGAGUCUUAGGCAUUGUGCAUGAUCGUCGAUUCAAUCUAGGCCCUCUGGUUGAUCAAUAUGCAGAAACUCAGUUCAACUACCCCUUUGCUACUUCGGGCCUCGUCAGUUCAUUUGCGCGUCUGCUAGACAAGCCAACUGAGCCAGAAACCUCUCGAAAUCUUCGGUCUACAUUUAAGGUUGUUAGGCACAUUUUGAAGUUCAUCACUCAUGCUCGAAAGCAGCAAAAGGUCAAGGAAGCGGGCAUCGGAAUCACAUCUUCACCACAAGGGUUCACUCGACAGCUUCGUUCCAUUUUCAAGGCUCUCGACCGCAUGAUGCGAAAUCCUGCCCCUGUUCUUGUUGGUAGUCAAACAUUGGCAGUGCAACACUUUCACACUUGGCUGCCGGAGCUUACGGGCUUGCUGAAUACCGAGGAGAUCACCCACAUUGCCAUUGACUUCAUGGAUUCUUGCACUCAAGUCAAGGGCAAAUUGAUCUUGUACAAAUUGGUUCUCGUCAUCAACUAUUCCAAGCUGGAGCUUUUUGCCCACCCAGAUCAAAAGUCUGCACUGUGUGCCAACACGGUCCGCUGGAUAUCGCCGCAUUGGGGCCAUGUUGAAGAAGUCACGGAACAGUGGCGGGAGCAGGUGCGUCUCUGCUGCUCUGUGAUUGCUAGCCAGGCCGAUUACUUGGGCCCCGAAAUACCGGAUCAUAUACCGAGGAUCAUCGAUUCGUACCUGUCGUUGUUAUCGUUGCCCCCGAAACCCCGAAAGCGACUCUCGCUCCUCUUCCCAUCGGCCUACCCUUUCCCCUCGAGGCCUGUUUCUGCUAAUCUCACAUUCGACGAGAGCCUGGCAGAACUGUCCGCAAUUCUCUCUGCCAUAUCCAAUUCCACCGCCGGGAUGCAGCUUGAGUUGGCGGCCGAGGCUGAUCAGGGUACCAUCUUGGAGAACUUGCUGCGCGUGCAUAUGAGCAUACUCUCAGGCGAAGCUUUCCCCGCCGGCUGGCUCAGUCUGCACAUCUUCCAUCACAAGUCGACUAUGCGCACUCUACAGUACGUGGCCACCCUCAUGCUGGAAUCGUUCCUACCAGACCCUGAUGAGGCCGAGACUUUCAAUAUGGAGCUGUGGAAACUAUUCUUUACAACACUCCUCAAAUUGGUGGGUAGCACGUCUCUGGCGUUGGAAACGUUCCCGGAACAGAAGAGAAGGGCUGUUUGGAAAAUCGCCGGUGAUGUGAGAGAGCAUGGUGCCGAGCUUCUGCGAACAACAUGGGAAGCCAUUGGCUGGGAGACCACUAUUGACGAGCAAAACCGCUACGGCCUCUCCAAGAUUGGAGGAUACCAAGUGCAAUACGUCCCCGCCUUGGUUGGACCGAUCGUCGAGUUGUGCCUGAGCGUUCACGAGGGUUUGCGACGAAUGGCAGUUGAAGUUUUGCAGACAAUGAUUGUUAGCGAAUGGGCGCUUAGCGAAGACUUGACUGUUAUUCAAACGGAGAUGAUUGACAGCUUGGAUCAGUUCUUCAAGUCCAAACCCCUGACAGAGAGCAUACUACAGAAGCUCUUCAUUGGCGAGGUGUUGGAGCGGUUUCAACCGCUGUCCGAAAUUCCAGACGAGCCACUGUACGCCGCAGUUCGAGAACUUGUAUCCACUUUGGACGAGUUUCUCGAUCUGCUCGUUGCGGUUCACGGAGGAGACGACAGUGGAGAGGCAACAAGCAUCAUCAAUCGUUUAAGACUAAUGGAGUUUCUUCGUGAUAUGCAAAAGGAGGAAAUUUUUGUUCGCUACGUGCACCAGCUUGCGACUCUGCAGGCGGAGAGCCGAAACCACGCCGAAGCCGGUCUUGCAUUGCGCCUUCAUGCGGAUCUUUAUGAAUGGGAUCCAACUAGACAAGUGACAGCUCUGGAAGAGCCAGAGUUCCCAGCGCAGACACAGUUUGAACGCAAGGAGAAGAUCUAUUUUGAUAUGGUUAAGCACUUUGAAGAGGGCGAGUCAUGGAGCAAUGCCCUAACUGCGUACAAGGAGCUACAGACACAAUACGAGACCAAUGUCUUUGACUUUGCGAAACUCGCUAGGACAGAGCGCGCUAUCGCCACCAUCUACGACACCAUUUCCAAGAGCGAAAAACUGAUACCGAGAUAUUUCAAAGUUGUAUACAAGGGGUUGGGUUUCCCAUCUGGUGUUCGGGACAAGGAGUUUAUUUAUGAAGGAGCUCCAACGGAACGUGCGGCGGCCUUUACCGAUCGAAUGCAGGAACAAUACCCUUCAGCUCAGAUUGUGACAUCAGGGCGCAUUGACGAAGUGGAAGGACAGUUCUUGAUCGUAUCUUCAGUAACCCCACACCGGGACAUGUCUCAUCAAGUAUUUCAAAGAGCGCGUGUUCCCCAAGUCAUUCGUGACUUCCUAGUGUCUUCGCAUCCCCAGAGCUUCUCCUUUACAACCAAGCGUAGCACGGCUGGUGCGGUAGAGAACCACUAUGCAGAGAAGACCGUUUUCGUCACUGCCGAGCCUUUCCCGACUAUUCUGCGUCGCAGUGAGAUCAUUGAGACUCAUGAGAUUAGACUCGAUGCUCACGAAACAGCUUUAGAGCGCAUCGUGCGGAAGACACAGGAGAUGACGGCUCUUGAGCGCCGACUAUCAGAUGGAGAGGAGGAAGUGGGACAACUUUUGCUGGAUGCGACAUCUAUUUCCGUAAAUCCGUCAUCUGAGCAAAGCGUAAUGUGUUAUCGCGGGCUGCUUCCCGAACCUGAAGAGGAGGAGGAGGACGACGACGAGAACGAGGACGAUGAGCCAGAGCUGGAGCCACAUGACCUUGCAAUCAAGAUGGCGCUUGUGGACCAUGCCAUGAUGAUCAAGAGGGUUUUGGCCCUAUUUGCCAGAAGCAACAACCCAAUGCUGUCUCAGAAACAAGAAGAACUCCAACGAUUUUUCGAAGUAACGUAUGAGCCAGAGAUUGCAUUGUUUGCUCCUCCUCCUCCAACGCCUCGCGAAACAGUUUCGACCCCGUCGACAACUUUCCGAGGCACUUUUCCGCCAGUCGAUGAAGGCCCUUCGCAGUGGGCACAUAUUGCCACGCCCUUGAACGGCACCAAAGCCGAGGAGACGUCCAUUGUUCGCCAGGUAUCACUUCGACAGCGAAGUGCCAGACUAAGCUUCUUGCCUGGGCGACGACAGCAUCAUCAACAACAACAGCAACAGCAACAACCAUCGCCAACAAAGCAGGAGGGUGACGAAGCUCCUGAAAUGGAAACCGCCCCUGGAAGCCCAGAGUCCAAGAUGUCAACCAGCAGAAGCCGAAGCUUUAGUAAGAGCAGCCGACGACAGAGCAUUUUUAAGCCACCGUCUGUGGACGAAAGCUUGCAAGAUGCCGUGAAUGGGAGUGGACGACGAGGCAGCUCAGCUAGCAAGGGAAGCGUGGAUAGAAAGAGCAGCAGCAUUGACGAGUUUGUAACGGAAGCAGAAUAUCCCGUGGUUAAAAGAUCCGGAAGCAUGAGGAAGAGAUUAAGUCUUUUUAAGAUGGGGAUCAAAAGCAACAAGCAUGGAGGGACGAUGAGGAGCGUCGACGAGGAGUAG